UAUGCCCAAAAAUAGUAAAUUAAUCAAUUUUUAAGCGUUUCAAUGACAGUGUUAAAUAUGAAGUGUGCACUAAAGCUUUCUUUUAAGAAAAAGCAAAUUUAAAAUAUCCUAUUAUUUAAUGAUUUCGAAAAUGUCUAUAAAUAUAUGGAUGUUAUUUGCUUUAGGAAAAUUUCUCUUUUGGCUACCAUUUCCACCAUGGAAGCGUGAGGUGUACUAUUUUACCUAGUGAUAAACGUAGUCCUGCUCAACGGGUACACGGGAUGUCGCAAUUGAUCGGAGAAAGUUUGUGUUACUGUUAAUGUUCGCGAUGAAUCUUAUCUGCAUUUAAGUAUGAAUAUGUAUGUAUGUCUUUUUAUUUUUUUACCAUCUGUUAUUGAUAUGCAGAAUUUAUAUCCUCCAACAGCUGGUGUUGGCUUCGUAGAAAGAAUGUAAAUGAAUCCGUACAAAAUACGUUUGUACUCGUUAAAAAAAGUUUUUUAAGCGCCUCGACAUUCUGUUAGCAGACUUUGUUUAAUAAGUAGCUGCAUCACGAUUUGAAGCAUGAUUUCAUUUACAAGAAAGGAAAAUCAGCAAUCGCAUGUGUUGAUGCCGGCACUCCUUAGUGCCUGUGCGAUUCCGAUUUCUAUGCUGUUUUGGUUCAUAAAUGUACUCUAUUCUACAUUUUAUUUGAAUCCGGAAAAUCACUUUGAAGAACAUCUGGUGGUAUCACCAUGGAGAUGGUUAACAGCGGUUGUGAUCCCAAUUUUUAUGGCGUUCUGGGGUCUGAAAAGGAAAAGCGUCGAUGUCAGCGGAGCUGUUCUUGGACUGUUUAUGGGUUUCAUCCUAACACUUACCAGUUUUGUCCAUCUGGCUGGUCUCUUCGCAUUUUUUGUCACCUCCUCCAAAGCAACAAAGUUUCGAGCCCAUCAGAAAAGAAAGUUUGAAGCAGAUUUCAAAGAUGGAGGUCAGAGAAAUUGGAUUCAAGUUUUUUGCAACGGCGGUAUGGCAACUCAACUGGCACUGUUAUACUUGCUGGAUGUGGGUUGCGUAGAACAACCGAUUCAUUUUGACAAACACUACAGAAGCUCCUGGUUGUCAAUAGGAAUUUUAGGAGCCUUUGCAUGUUGCAACGGAGAUACUUGGGCAUCAGAAAUAGGCUCAGUCAUUGGUAAUAAAGAUCCUUUUUUGAUUACAUCGUUCAAACGAGUUCCAAAAGGAACAAAUGGUGGUGUUUCAUGGGUAGGUCUUGCUGCUUCUGCACUUGGUGGUAUGACUGUAGGUUUGUUUGAUUAUUUAACCAUACUACUCACUGUAGAUACGGCUGUGCUUCAGUUAGCAGCACCACAAUGGCCUAUUAUUAUUGUUGGGGGAAUCGGAGGUUUCGUUGGUAGCAUAAUAGAUUCUCUCUUAGGAGCCACCUUACAAUAUUCUGGAGUGAACGAAAAAGGGAUGAUAGUAGAACAUCCAGGAAAGGGUGUGAAACAUGUAUGUGGCAGACAAAUUUUGGACAACCACAGUGUCAAUCUUCUAUCAAGCGUUAUUACUGCUCUGAUAUUACCAGGAAUAGCAAAAUUAAUUUGGCCUUAAAAGAUACAUAUAAUUAAAUAUAUUUGAUUAAAUAUUUGAAUAAAUAUAUAUCA